CAAAUUACUUGAAUCUGAAUCAUCGUACCUAACCAAAAGCUUCAAACAAUCGUCUAUCGCUCUGUUUUAUUAAUUGAAAAAAAAAUAGCAAUGGCAUUGUUUGGGAGCUCAGCCGUUUCUUCUUCGAAAAAUCUUGUAAGCUUUAGGGCAGGAAAAAUGAACUUAAAGGGAACGACUGUUACCGCAGAUAAACGAAAGGGUCUUGUGUAUGUUUAUCAAAGUGAUGAUUCUUUAAUGCACUUUUGUUGGAAAGACAGGACAACAGGCACCCUUGAAGAUGAUCUUAUUAUAUUUCCUGAUGAUGUUGAAUUCAAGCGUGUGAAUGAAUGCAAAACUGGAAGAGUUUAUGUUCUCAAGUUCAAGUCUUCAACUCGGAAAUUUUUUUUUUGGAUGCAAGAACCUAAAGAAGAUAAAGAUGAAGAGAAUUGUAAAAAAGUUGAUGAUAUGCUAAACAAUCCUCCUACCCCUGGUAUUAGUACAGGGCCUAGUAAUGGAAAUUCUGGAGCUGGACUUCCACCUGCUCUAGCGUCACUUGGGGACCAAAUUGGUGAUAGUAGUCUGCAAAGUUUAUUAAAUAAUAUGGAUCAAAAUCAAUUAAUGCAGCUUCUUGGAAUGACAGGUUUAGGGUCAGGUGAUUUAAAUGGUGGUAUGUCAACUCGUCCAAAUCAAGAUUUAAGAAAUAACUCUGCUCUUUCACAAAGUCGACCACAAAGUGCUGAAGUUGUGAGCAAUUCUACUCCUGCUGUUCCUUUAAAUACUACACCUGUACAAAGAAUUAAUAACACUUCAACACCUGCUGCUUCAGUACAGCUAAGCGAAUUGCAAAAUAUAUUAUCUAAUAUGCAAGUUCCUAAACCACAAGAAAGUGUGGAUUUAUCUUCUUCGUUUUCCACAGAAGCACUUUUACCGCUCUUAGUUGAUAAAGAUGUACAGGCCCGACUUCAACCCUUUUUACCUGCUGUUUCUACUCUGAGGGGUUCGGAAAACGAGUUACGAGAAACGAUCCAGUCGCCACAAUUUAAACAGGCUUUAUCGAUAUUCAGUACGGCUCUUCAGUCUGGUGAACUUGCCCCUCUUAUGCAACAAUUCAAACUCUCGCAAGCUGCUGUUGAUGCUGCAGCAAAAGGAGAUAUAAUUGCGUUUACAAAAGCUCUUCAAGAUAGUGAAUCGUCAAAUAAACAACGCGAUUCCAUAGAAGACAUGGCGUUAGAUUAAUGUGUUUAAAAUAAAAUAUCUAAGACUCGUUUUAUUUCUUGUACUUUUGUAUUAUGUAUUUUGUUAAUAUUUAAGUUGAUGGCAAUAAGAACUUUUAUUUAAAGAAAA